AGUGUGUCACUACCACUCAUAUAACAUACGCAGUAAGUUACAUUAUAUUCUCUGCUCGCCGGUACUGCAGGGUCAUUCGAGGAGGGGGAUGCCGUGAGAUGGCUGAGAAACUGUUGAAGAGACACCUUACGUGCUCAAUCUGCAUGGGAGUAUUUACAGACCCGGCUACACUUCAGUGCCAGCACACAUUCUGUAAGUCCUGUCUGCUGCAAUACCUUCAAACCCAACCACAGACAGGCCACGUCCGAUGUCCCACCUGCAGGUCCCUGUCUGAGGUGGACGCCCCGAGUGGGCGUCCUGAUCACUGGGUCCGACAGCUGAAACCAAGCUUUGUCAUACAAGGGUUGCUUGACGACUUUGGACCAGCAACAUUAGACACAAUUUCGUCAAGAAUUAUUGUCGAUGUGGACAAUGGGCAAACUGCUGCAAGGGUCGUGUACAAACACGAUGUGGAAAACGCAAUCCUGAGCAAUCAAGAACCGCAGCUUGAGGCGAAGGUCAAGGAAUUACGGACCUGGAAGUCGUCUGCUCUACUUCACAUUAUUGACUACAGAUGGAAAGCCAAAGAAUGUCCGGAUUUGAAAGACGUCACCGUUUUGACUGUUGAUGACAUGAAGGUGACCGUGGUCACGGAUAUCAACAACAAUAGCGCCACGGCAGUUUUCAUAUCGAAAUACAAGCAAAUUCAGCAACAACUAAGGUUCAAAAACAGGCCGUGGCAGAUUGCUAAAAUAAGCGACCGUCGAAUUGCAGUGAGUGUUCCUCAGAGUAAUGGAAUAGUGUUCAUAAACUUCAACCCUGAUCUUGAAGUAGAAUCGUCUAUUACGACAUGUAAGCAAUAUUACGCCCUCGCCAGUCUUACUUCACGUCAGCUUGUUGUAAGCACUGCGGGAGGGGAAUACUCUGUUGACAUUCUAGACAUGUCCGGCAAUGUUCUGAGAUCAAUCCAAACCGGUAGGAUAUAUUCCCCAGACUGGAUCCACGUCACCAGCAAUAGGCACCUGAUCGUCAGUCAAGGGAAGGCUGAUUCCCUUGUGUCUGUGACCGAUGAAGGAGAAGCUAUAUUCACAUACACCCCGACGGGGGACGGGACCCUGCGAUGGCCCCAGGCAGUACUGACGUCUUGUACGGGAGAUAUUUUACUUGUUGAUGGUGGUUCCCACAAAGUGGUUCAGCUGACAGAGAGGGGUCAGUUUGUCCGAGACCUUCUCACAGAUGACGGAUUAGUUGACCCUCGUGGUCUUUGGCUGGACGGAGACUUGCUGUAUAUCACUCUGCAAGAUUGUGUCAAAGUGUUUAGUUUAAAAACGAAGCAGUGUGAAAACCCGGACACCUCCUCUGACAAUUUCAUUAAAAUCAGAUCUUAGUUCUCGCUAAACUUUGUUUAGCGGCAGCGAGAACUUAGAUCUGAUUUUAAUGAGAUUGCAUCCUCUGAUAACAAAUGAUCAUUAAAGGCUCUGGACAACUGACAGUCCCAGCAAGAUUGAUGCAAGUCCCAGACACCAAUUAGUUUAACUGCUAACUCAAGGUGUAAUGGAUAGCCUAGUGUUUAAAGUAUUCACUCGUUACGCCAAAUGUCCGGGUUCGAUUCCCAACAUCGAUACAAUGUGCGACCUUUUCCGUUGUUCCCAUCCAGGGACCACAACCAAUACCACUAUGUGCUGACUUGACACAUAGUCCUACUGGUACAAAUACCUGGGGCACUGCCGUAGGUAGAACAGUCGUGUAAGUUGUGUCCAUUAGGCGAACUAGAAACCCUUGAACGUGGGUAUGAAUCUCGUUUCUUCAAGCUUAUGGUUCUAGGUUCGACUGCACCAUAUUCGUGUUCGAAGGUUAAACCAAAGUGGAAAACGUCAAAGGUAUGUAUAGAAAACCUGACACGCCGUGGUUUCACUGAAAUAAUUAUCAAAUCGGCAUGAAACUCACUCACUCAUUUCUCACUAUAUAACUAUUGUAUAAAAGCUAUAUACCUCAAGCUACACGUUGAUAUUGUCUCUUCCAACCAAGAACCGAGCCCCUGCAUAAACAAAUACAUAAAUCAACACCAGCGUCUGUAAUACACGCUAUCUCGUUGCUAAUACGUAAUAGUGAUAAUAUUCAUUUCUUUGAAAAAAUAAUUAUAUGAUACUACGUGCAGAAAUAGAAAUGGAAUAAAAUGUGUCUAUAUUUGAUUAUUUAUUUUUCAAACCAGGAGUUUUUCAGAACUUCCAGCAUGUCUAGUGAAUUAUUAUUUUUAUAUAUAAAACAUGAGGACACAUUAUUUGGUUACAACAAUGUAGGGAAGAGAUUUUGGUCAAUAAAUAUCCCCCCAAAGUGUGAACAUACCAUGUAAAAAUAGGCCAAACAAUAACCGUACACAAAAUACUUUAUUGAGGAAAUAAGUUAUAUCAAUUCACACGUAUCAAUAGAUAGUUCUUAAGCAACUCACGCUUGCCGUAAAAGGCGACUAUGCUUGUCGUAAGAGGCGACUAACGGGAUCGGGUGGUCAGGCUCGCUGACUUGGAUUAUGCAUGUCAUCGUAUCCCAAUUGCGUGGAUCGAUGCUCAUGACAUCAAUCACUGGAUUGUCUGCUCCAGACGCGAUAAUUUACAGACCGCCUUCAUACAGUUGGAAUAUUGCUUAGUGCGGCGAUAAACAACAAACAAAAUAGUUAAGAUAGCAUGAUCAUAUCCGAUUCCAUGAUCUUGGUCCAGCUCUUCACUGAAUGUGUUUGUGCUUUCUUUGGCUGCAACCUGCAUAACACGGCAUUGCAAGCAUAAAUAUAUUUGGCCUUUAGGUAAUUGGCACCCUUCAUGAAGCUUUUGAUAUAUUGCAUCGUGAUUAUGGUUCUGAACCAGAACUGGUUUGGUUGAAUUGUGCGAUCAACUGCCAGACUGGAACGUGAUACAUGUCAUCUUCUGUAUCUGCUGGAGUCGCAUUUCGGCAAACCUACACUAACGUCAGUAUAGAAUUACAGAAAUGCUAGCCCUGCAGAUAUUAGAGGAUGGAGAUAUGCCUGGAAGUGUCAUGUUGCUUUUGAAACAUCGCAAAUGAUGUAUGUAUAUAUAUAACAGAUAAACUUCGGGACCAUAUUGAGUGUAUACUUAUGUGUGUUCGUGUGAUCAGCUUGUUUUGUUUUUACUUUCUUUUACAUUCCCUAAGAAAUAGGGGAUAUUAUAUUCGUGUUCAUGUCAUGCUA